UCUGCUUUGACCAACCCCGUUACUCCUAAAGAUGCCCAUGAAGCUACACUUCUGAAAACAUAAAGGCCAUGGGGAACUCAUAUGCAGGACAGCUGAAGUCUGCUCGUUUUGAAGAGGCUCUUCACAAUUCCAUUGAAGCCUCUCUGCGGUGCAGCAAUGUGGUGCCUCGACCUGUAUUUUCCCAGCUUUAUCUAAAUUCUGAAAACUCCGCAUUCUCCCCAGGUGAUGUAAAACCUAAAGUGGAAGAGCUCGACAAGGAUUUUGUCCAAAGGUACACUCAAAAUGGCAGCCUUGACUUCACUACCAGCCAGACUGUGUGUGAAAUGGAAGAAGAGGAUGAAGAAGAAGAUAUGUCAGAUUCAAGCAGUCCUCCUCUGCCAUAUGCACAGAAGCCAGCUCCAGAAGGAUCCUGUACCAUAGAUGGUUUUUGCCAGGCUGGGAAAGACUUGCGGUUGGCAUCACUCUGCACAGAGAAGAUCGAGGUGCCCACAGGGUUCCUUUUAGUUGGUGUCAAAACACCCAACCUGCCAGAGCACAUCCUUGUCUGUUCUGUUGACAGAAGGUUCCUCCCAGAUGAUGAUGGAAAAAAUGCACUUUUAGGGUUUUCUGGAAAUUGUGUUGGCUGUGGAGAAAGGGGUUUCAGGUACUUCACAGAGUUCUCCAAUCACAUAAAUCUGAAGCUCACUACUCAACCAAAGAAGCAAAAGCACUUAAAGUAUUACCUAGUGAGGAACUCCCAAGGAGUACUAUGCAAAGGUCAUCUGAUCGGCUGGAAAGAGUCUAGAAAUCGCCAGUUGCCUGCUGUAGUUCCAGCUGCCAAACCACUCGCACCAGUUUCACUCGCUUUACCACUGGAGAAUGGAAGCAGCAAUGGAUACAAAACAGGUUUUGCACAUUCAGAGAUUCAGUCUUUCUCGACGUCCACUGCUCUUAAUCCAAGCACCCCUCAGGACCUGUCCCGCAAUAAAGGCGUUGUCAAGCCUUUACCACUGCCAGUGCAUGUUGUGGGGAAGAAUUUUCCUGCCGCUCCCGUUUCAUUUCAAACUCCAGAGGUGUCCAGUGCUGUGAAUGGAGGCCGCCCCAGUGUCCUAAACCCAGCACCUUCUCAUCCUGUCCCUCAUUCAACAUCUCCCAGCCCCGGCUGUGUUGCUGGAGACCAUGCAGUUCUCACAAUGUCUGGGCCACCUAAGAAGAGACACAGGGGUUGGCCUCCUAGCUCCCCAGUCUUAACACCAAUGUUAGCGGUUCCUGCACCUCCAGUCCGGCCAGUCACAAGAACAGCAUCUCUGCCGCAGACCGCUUUGGGAGCCGUGUUCCAACCCCAUCCCAUACCAGCUGGAGAGACCGUCAUUGUGCCUGAGAAUUUAUUGAAUAACUCUGGGAUCCGGCCUGUAAUUCUCAUAGGAUACGGUGCUUUGCCUUACUUCUAUGGCAAUGUGGGUGAUAUUGUUGUGAGUCCAUUGCUAGUAAAUUGCUACAAGUUGCAAGAACAAGAGAAGAAGGAACUGGAUCAGAUGGGAGUGUGCAGCAGCCAGUUUCUGAGUGUGGAAAACAUGAUUCUUCUAACGAUACAGUAUCUCGUGCGGCUUGGUUCUGAUCAGAUACCGAUCCGGGAAGUUUUUGAACAGAUUGUGCUUAAAGCGCUACAGGAAUUUACUUAUAAAGAAAACUCCUUGCAGAUGGGUUCCUCGGCACUGUGUAUUUCACAAGCUCAGCUGCCAUGGCUUGCCCGUCUGUCGGCGAGUGUAUCUCAAGAUCUGGUUCACGUGCUGGUGACCCAGAACUCCUUGGCAGAGGGCAUUUCAGAAACGCUGCGGUCUCUCUGUGAAGUAAAGCUUACCCAAAAGCUCCCGGAUUAUGUGGUAGCAAUCUGUUCCUCGAAGGUCCGAGGGAAUGAGUUUUGCGUGAUCGCGUUGGGACAAUAUCAGUCACGCGUUCUGGCAGAGAGCAUGCUCACAACCAGUGAAUUCUUGAAGGAGAUCAGCUAUGAACUAAUCACCGGCAAGGUCAGCUUCCUGGCUUCACACUUCAAGAACACCUCCAUGGGCGAUGAUUUGGACAAGCUUCUGGAUAAGAUACAACACAAAAGAGGAGACAAUGUAGUUAUUCCUUUUAAUGGAGAUGUGAAAGACUGCGUCUCCUCUCAGGAAGCUGCCAGUAUGGUUCCAACACAAGGCAGAGGUGGGAGCAUGGAUUCCUUCCAGAUAUAUCGCUCUCAGUUAAUGGUGGCGAGAAAGCUUCUGUCCCAGGUGUGCGCCAUUGCAGACAGCGGCAGCCAGAGUCUCGAUUUAGGCCGAUUCAGCAAAGUUGACUUUGUCAUCGUGGUCCCUCGUUCAGAAGUGCUAGUACAGCAGACGCUGCAGAGGAUUAGACUAUCGGGUGUGCUCACAGACUUGGGCCUGGAGGAAGGAGCAUCGGCAUGUCAAAGAGCAGAAAAGUAUGUCCUCCGCCUGGAUGGAGACACUCAAGCCAAGUUUGAGGCCUUUGUGAAGAAAGUGAAGCAGAAUCCAUAUACCUUGUUUGUCAUCAUACAUGAUAACAGCCAUGUCGACUUAACCAGUGCUGUAUCCGGAACACUGUCACAUGGAGAUCCCUCGCAUGGCUCGUCUGAUCGCAUCAUCAAUAGCAAAGAAGUGCAAGAUGCUGUCAACGUCAUCGUGCUUCAAGUCAGCUCCUUCCCGUAUGCCUUACAGACUCAACAAUCCCGGAUCAGCCCUUGUAACGAGGUGCACUGGAUUCAGCCUGACAUUACAGAUGAAGUAAGCAGUGAGGAGAAGGUAUACUUUGGCCUUAAUGAUUACAGCAAGUCUCUCCAGUGGGGCAUCACAAGUCCCUUACUUCGCUGUGAUGAGACGUUCGAAAAAAUGGUUAACACUCUCCUGGAAAGGUACCCCAGGCUACAUAGCAUGGUGAUUCGGUGCUACCUCCUCAUUCAGCAGUAUUGUGAAGCGUUAAUGGCUUUAACCACCAUGGCGUCGCUCAGAGACCAUACCACGCCCGAGACCUUAAAUAUCAUGGACGACCUCCUCAACUCCCCAGGGAAAGACAGGAGUGGACGGGGGCACAUGCUGAUUAUCAGAGUGCCCUCUGUGCAGCUGGCCAUGCUGGCCAAAGAGAGGCUACAAGAAGUCCGGGAUAAGCUGGGCUUGCAGUAUCGAUUUGAGGUCCUCCUCGGUAACCCAGCCUCAGAGCUGAUAGUUUCUAAGCACUUUGUGACUAGAUUAAGGGUUUGGAGGGGAUCUGAAAAUGAUGACUGGAUUCCAAGAACCUUUUGGGAUCUGGAGGGGCUUCCUUGCAUUGUUAUACUUACAGGCAAGGAUCCCCUGGGAGAAACCUUUCCAAGAUCUCUGAAGUAUUGUGACCUUCGGUUAAUUGACUCCAGCUUUUUAACACGGACAGCGCUGGAGCAGGAAGUUGGCUUGGCCUGCUGCUAUGUCUCAAAGGAGGUGGUGAGGGAACCGGCGACCGCGUUGGACCUCAGUGAAAAGGAAGGAGACAAAGGCAAUAAUAUCCUAGAGAAUGACUCUGAUGAGCUGUUUAUAGAUUUGGACAGACCGCAAAGCAAUAGCAGUGCCAUUACUGCAAACUCUGGUUCCAUUGCAGAAAACGGGGUGAGCUCCUCCAGUGCCGCAGAUGAUUUACAGAGGCAAACGUCAAGCAUGGAUUUCCAGAGUGUGGCAAACAGCUCGAUGGAUGAAGGAACAUAUCCUAACUCCACUGCCAGUGACCUCUGCAAACCAGAUUGCGACUCUCUGGGAAACCAAAUGGCCAGCAGCACCACUUCGAAGUUAACGUCUUCAACGCGGACUUUCCAGUGGUCUCAUCAACCCGGGGGAAAGGGCAGCGCUUCGCAUAUAGCUCUGCCUCGGAUUGUUAUUCUCUCGAGGGCUACAUAUAACCUACUGGCCCCACAGAAAAGCGGACAGUCCGCUACUACCACUUCUCUCUUGCCACAUGCGGAUGUAACUUGGCUACGGUCUCUGAGGCCACCAGUGGCCAAAGACAUGAGCAGUGAAGACCAGUCUUUAUAUUAUAGGCAGUGGACUGCAGCCAGGCAGCAUCAUGCGGAUUUCAGUAACGCCACUGAGUCUACAGGAAUAAGGAAUAUUCACCCACGUCGUCUGCUUCUGGUUGGACCCCCACAGGUGGGAAAAACUGGCGCUUACUUGCAGUUCCUUCGAAUACUCUACCGCAUGCUUAUCCGGCUUCUGGAGGUGGAUGUGUAUGAUGAGGAAGAGAUUAAUAUAGUAGAUCAAUCCGAGAUAGAUGAAGUGACUCCGCCAGAACAAAGCCACUGGCCGGACAUUGAAGUCUUCAGCAAGAUGCCUUUUGAUGUUGCCGUGCACGAGCCAAAGUAUCGGCACAUCAGCCCACUUUAUAUAGAGCAUGGCGGCCAGGAAAAAUUAGAUUCAGAAUCGCGUGUCAGGACUGACGAACCAAAGAAACGUGAAACGGUCUCCAUGAUGCUGACCAAAUUUGCAACAUACAACACGUUUCAUCACUGUGAGCAAUGUCACCAAUACAUGGAUGUCAGUUCUGUGUCACAGGUGCCGGAAUCCACAUUGCAUGCUUUCACUUUUUCAUCUUCAAUGCUUGGAGAAGAGGUCCAGCUUCAUUUCAUCAUCCCCAAAUCAAAAGAACAUCACUUUGUCUUUAGCAAGGAAGGAAAGCAUUUGGAGAGCAUGCGCCUUCCCCUGGUCUCUGAUAAGCAAAACCCGAACACAGUGAAGAGUCCAAUUUUCACGCCAUCCAGUGGGCGCCACGAACAUGGCCUCUUGAACCUAUUCCACGCCAUGGAAGGGAUCAGCCACCUUCACAUUAUGGUGGUGAAGGAGUAUGAAAUGCAGCUGUAUCGUAAAUACUGGUCCAACCACAUUAUGCUCGUCCUGCCUGGCAUGUUUAACAAUGCUGGAGCUGGAGCUUCCAAAUUCCUUAUUAAAGAACUCUCUUAUCACAACUUGGAGCUGGAACGAAAUCGCCUGGAAGAAGUGGGAGUCAAGCGCCAGUGUGUGUGGCCUUUUAUUGUUGUAAUGGACGACUCGUGUGUUUUGUGGAACGCACAUGGCAAGGUGGAAGAGCAGUUCAGCCAGUCUAUGGAACAGGAGAGCACUAUGAAGAACGUGUCCCUCAAGUAUGUCCUGCAGCAUAUGGAAGCCACACCAAAGAUCACCAACUAUGCAAUGCUGGGCAUCCAGAAAUGGAACAGCAAGUUAAAUUCUACUGUGCCUAAACGCCCGUUUUCCAGGUGCCACAUACAUGACUUUAUGCUCCUCAACGUUGACCUGACACAGAAUGUGCAGUAUGACGUGAACAGGUAUUUCUGUGAAGAUAUUGACUUAAAUCUUCGGGCAAAUAGCGGGGGUCUCCUGAUCUGCCGCUUCAACAAUUUCAGUUUGAUGAAGAAGCAUAUUCAUGUUGGGGGACACAAGGACUUUAUUGUCAAGCCAAAAAUUAUGAUAACAGAAAACCCUGGCUCUAUAUCCCCAAUGCAGUAUGUCUGUGCGCCAGACAGCGAGCAGACUUUGUUGGCUGCUCCAGCUCAAUUCCUCCUCGAGAAAUUUCUGCAACUCAGCGCACAUAAGCUCUUUCCCAAAGCUGUCAAUAACCCGAGGAACCCCGUGUUGGCCGUGGACUGUUACUUGAAUUUGGGACCAGAGGUGACGUUGUGCUAUGUUAGUUCAAGGCCACAUUCUGUCAAUGUGAGCUGCGAAGGAGUGCCAUUCAGUGGACUUCUUCUGUACUUAUGUGACUCCUUUGUGUGUGCGGGGAUGCUGAAAAAGUACAGAUUUCUUAAAGGUGCGACUCUGUGCGUCAUUUGCCAAGACAGGAGCUCCCUACGUCAGACCAUCGUGCGCCUUGAGCUCGAGGAUGAGUGGCAGUUCAGACUGCGUGAUGAGUUUCAGACGGCUAACAGCAGCGAUGACAAACCACUUUAUUUCCUCACGGGACGCCAUAUCUGAACUUCACUUCCUAUCAAUCACCAUGGAGACAGAGAAAAGCAGCGUUUGCCUUAGUGGAUCAGAAGGAUUUUCACUUCUGUCCAUUCAGAAAGAGAUUCUUUUUUUAACGUCAUCUAUGCCUUUCGUGUAGAGAGGACUUUUGGCGAGUUGGCGUUCAGCAAUGACCCUACUGACUUGAUUCUUGGAUUGUUCGACAAAUUGUUACCUCGGAUUAUUCAAGUGCAUCUUUAAGUUAUACACCAUGUUGCCAUGGGAACACAAAGCGUUCUAUAGUCACUUUAUCAAUUUCUCUGGUACACUGAUAACUCAGGGGUUCCUACUUUCCAAAUAAUGGACAACAGAGUCAUCUCUGCCUUUUGCAGCGUUUGUUUUUCUACAUGAAGUACAAUAAACGCCCUGCGAUUAUACUCUUCUGCACCUUGGGAAAUAUGCAGAUUAUCUUUGUAUAACUUCAGGUUGCUUUCAUUAGAAUUCACUUGCAAAUUAACGGUAUCCGUGAUCAUUUCGCCUUUUGAAAGAAAGUAGAUGGACGACUGGGAAAACGGACCCUUUCCUCCGGAUUCCUUUCUGCCUUCAUAACGCGGUGUUUUGUGCGAGCACCGAUUAUGCGUUUACGGUUUGGUAUCCAGCAGCUCACGUCAUGUGUAUCCAUCCUCAUUGGGUCAUAGCUCAAUGUACACCAUUAAAGAAGAAAAAAAAAAGCCAAAAAAAUAAAACAAGCUUGGGUUUAUACUACAGAUGUGUGCAGCUGGCUUUAAUACCACACCAUGAACACGGACAAGCUUCUAUAAGCAAGUUAAAUUCCUUCCACCCUCACAUCUAACUGACGCGGUGGCAUGGAAAUCCAAGUAUCCAACUUGUUUUUAGAUGUUAUGAAAUGUUUACAAAUUAGAACAAUUCAAAAAUAUUUAAUAUAUUGCAGACCUAUACAAAUGGACUUGGGUAGCACGUUUUAAAUGAAAGUGGUUUAUUUUAGAGAAAUUCCUUUUUAAUAAAACUUUGCAACUGA